AUGGGCCAAGCAGACGUCAGCGACGUUCUCACCUCCCUCGCGGCUGCACUAUGCGCUGGACGCAUCAACGACUUCCGCCUCCCCAAAUCUAUCGGUCGCUCAACAUGGGAUGAUAUCUGCGCCCCGUGGGUCAAGAAACGGAGCAUCUACUGCGAGAGGAUGGAGAACGUUGGAGAUGGCGUGGCCGGUGCGCUUGUCUCUGCGCUGAUCUACGAGAAGUUUCCCGGCGCUGGCGCCGGGGUCAUGACCGUUAUGAAGCAAGCCGCGGUCUCGAAUGUGAUCUUUGCUCUCAUUCUUGAGCUCACGGACCCAUCUAUAGCCGACGUUAGAACGCGCUACGAUGAGCUCUCAGUCCGGGCACGGACAUCUGCCCUGUUGUCCUGGGGUACGCGCAUCUGCAAGGAAGCAUACUGCGAGCCUGCGCGCGCUUCUAUCAAAGCGCUUGGGGAUCGCUUUGAGGCUCUUCUUGGCUACCUGUACGUCGAGAUCGGCUACGAGACUGCACUUCGUUGGAUGAACAAGAUGUUCGACCCUCUUCUGGAUGUUGCAUAUACUACGGUUCUCGCGCGAGGAUAUAGAGGCUUCAGUAUCCCGAAGCCGCCUCGCGCACCUCGUGCCAUGUUGAGAUCUUCUCUAGAACGCGGGUCUUCGACUGACACUCUCUCGGAGUAUGAGGCUGUGUCUGUGUCCAGUUUCUCUUCGCAGUCACUGUCGUCAUCUUCAUCGUCGUCGCCGUCACGCCUGUUCUCUGUUCGCAAUCUCUCCACGACGACGGUCUCUUCCGCACCAUCUUCACCGAUCCUCAUGAGCUCGCCGUUCUCGAUGCGCGUAUCGAAGAGGAAGGAACGGGCUGAAGACAUUAAGGAGUCUGAGAACCGCGAUCCUAGCAACGCUGACGAGCCACCGAUCUCCGGAAGGCUCGAUGCCCCUCGACGUAAACGUCGUCGAUCAAGAAAGCACUCGAUCCCUUUUCAGCGUGCUGAUUUCGACGUUCCGUCGGAGAGCGAAGGUGAAACGCGGCAGUUCACAUUCACAUUCAGCGUGCGCGGCCGAUCGGACCCCGACUCCCUUCCGUUACCCUCGUCGUCUUCAUCCUUGGCAAGUGCCACCGCAUCCGUCUCUCGUCUCUCCGUCGUGCCCCUCAUUCGAGAUAUACCUACGCGCCGCCCGCGCCGUCAGUGA